UCAGCCCUCCCCCCGCAUCCCAGAAGCCAACGGAAGUCAACAUGUCGAGUCUGCACAAGAGCAAGAUUGCAGAGUUCCAGAGCAUUCUCAGCGAGCCGCACAUCAAGCUGCCCGUGCUGAGGGAGCUGUGCUUUAACGGUAUACCGUUUGAAGGAGGGAUUCGGUGCCUCUGCUGGAAAAUCUUACUCAACUAUCUCCCGACAGAUCGGCUAUUAUGGGAUUCAGUGCUGGAGAAACAAAGGGAGACGUAUGCCCACUUCUUAAAGGAAAUGAUCAUUCAGCCAGGAAUUGCCAAAGCAAAGCUUGGUUUCUCCAGAGAAGAUGUCACUUUGGAAGACCACCCCCUCAAUCCCAACCCAGAUAGUCAGUGGAACACGUACUUCAAAGACAAUGAGGUGCUGCUGCAGAUAGACAAGGAUGUUCGGAGGCUGUGUCCUGACUUCUCCUUUUUCCUGAACCCCACGGAAUAUCCCUGCCAGCUAAUCAUGGACCCAGAGAACGAGUACGAGACCCUGAGGAAGCGGGUGGAACAGACGACGCUGAAGUCUCAGACCGUAGCAAGGAACAGGAGCGGCCUCACCAACGUGAGUUCUCCUCUGAAGGCAUCAGCUUCGCAUUCGCUGAGUGACAUAGAGCCCCUGCCCAGCGGCUGUGAGGCGCAUUGGGAGGUGGUGGAGCGAAUCCUCUUCAUUUAUGCCAAGCUGAACCCCGGCAUAGCCUACGUGCAGGGCAUGAACGAGAUUGUCGGCCCCGUCUAUUACACAUUCGCCACGAACCCUAACAGUGCCUGGAGAGAGCAUGCCGAGGCUGACACCUUCUUCUGCUUCACUAAUCUGAUGGCUGAGAUCCGGGACAAUUUCAUCAAGAGUCUAGAUGACUCUCAGUGUGGAAUAACUGCAAAGAUGGAGCACGUUUACUCCACACUGAAGGAAGAGGAUGAGGAGCUCUACCUCAGGCUGCAAGAACAGAACAUCAAGCCUCAGUUCUUCGCCUUCCGCUGGCUGACAUUGCUCCUCUCCCAAGAGUUUGUCCUGCCCGAUGUCAUACGGAUCUGGGAUUCGCUCUUCGCGGACGAGAACAGAUUCGACUUCCUCCUGAAGGUCUCCUGCGCUAUGCUGAUAUUAAUACGUAACCAGUUAUUAGAAGGGGACUUCACUGUGAAUAUGAGGCUGCUCCAGGAUUACCCCCUCUCAAAUGGGGAUGUCCUUCCCAUCUUGAAGAAAGCCAAGGAACUUCAAGACUCCAAGUAAGAUCCUGUGUGCGACCUGAGACCCUCUGGAUCCACACAGCAACCCGGACUAGAGCUGAUACUUGAGGUCUGCCGCCUCCUUCACGUGUUACACGGACACGAGAGUCUCGCCUUGUACAAUUGGUGACGACGCGCCCGCCGGGACUGGUUGGGACGCAGAUUAUACAGCGGGCAUCAUGCUGGGAUUCCCACCCGCUCACUCGUGCCUAUGUUCCGGCCUCCUGAUGACCAACCAAUCAAUGCACUAUGUUGGUACUGGAGGGGCUUUUCCAAUACCCGUAUCAGUAUCUGGCGGUAGACUGUUAUCCAGGACACGCGUAGCACCCAGCCAACCAAGGAAAAGCCCACAAUGUGACAAACCUGGUCCCCUGGCGCCCGAGACAGCUGGUGGUUACCGAGGUGUUGAUUUUUGUCAUGUUGCAUUUCUUUUCAGAAGAAUGAAGCUGAUUUUAUGUUGUAUUUGCCAAUUAGCUAAUUUUAUGUUUGUGAUUUUUUAUUUUUUUUUAUUAUUAUUUUUUUUUAGUAUGCCUUGAUUUUUCUCAACCGUUGUCUUAGGGUAUAUGGCGGCAUAUUGUUAGGUAGGCCAUCAGUGGCCAAUUUGGGAAAUGUCGCCUUGACCCUCGCCGGUCACUAGCACAAAGUGGCACCAUUGACUAUAAUGGGCACAGGAGAUGGCGGCACAGGUCUUUACUAGAUAGGAUUGUUCUAGUGAUCUGGGGUGGCCAUGGUUGACACUUUCCACCUGCAUUAAAAUGUUACAUCUUCUUUUG